AGUAAAAAGUCAAAAUAUCCAAAAAAUGAUAUAUUGUCAGACGGUGCGAUAUAUUAUCAUUGAUUAUAAAUAGAGGACUUUUGAAAAUAAGAUAAGGAGAAGAAUAUGUGGCCCAAUCAGGGAUCCGAGGACCAGCCAAUGGCGCAGGAAGUUCAACCAAGAAUUAAAUAUAGUUACAGUUAAUGAAUUCAUAAAGAGUCAAAGGAUAAAAUGGCUAGGACAUGUUAUGCGGCGUAACACAGAUGCAUUAACCAAGGUAGCAUUAAUGGAAGCCGGAAGGAAGAAGGCCACGGGGUCGUCCUCGGAAAUGAUGGAUGGAUGUCGUGGAAAAAGAUUUGGAAGACCUUGGAGCACAGAAUUGGAGGGAGAUAGUACUGGAUCGAGAUAAGUGGGAUGAUUUAGUGAUGGCGGCAAAAACUCUUGGAGAGUUAUGAAGGCCAGAAGAAGAAGAUUAUAAAUAGUACUAAACUAUUUAUAACUAACUAUUUAUAAUCAAUGAUAAUUCAUAACAAUUUUUAAUGGAAUUAUUGAAAAAUUGGAAACGACGAUUCUAAUUUAAAACUGGAGACAGUUCAAACAGUAUUUCUAGAAUGAUACAAUUGUACAAAACAGACAGUAUAAUGUAGGGCUUAAAACCGUUCCUAAUAAAGUUGGUAAUCGGCUCGGCAAAAGUAAAACAUUUUUUAAACCGGUAACCGGUUAUCGUUUAAUUUUGAUAUAAUGGUAACCAGUAACCGUAUCUGGAUAAAAUCAACUUCUCGGUAUCUAACGGUAUCAAACGGUUUAAGGUAUAUCUUAAAUCGUGGUCUUAUAUAUAUCUAUGGUCAGGACGAUUAUAGAUAGUACUACUUACUAAGAUAAUACUAUCUUAAUCACGAUUUAAAAUAUAUUUUAACGGUUUCACGAGCCAUAGAGUACCUAAUAUUACUCUAUGAUCAGAGCAUGAAGACUAGAGAUAUUUCUAGACGUCAGUAAAUUCAAAUGGCUGCAUGAAGGCUGAUUAACGGUGUCAUAUAUUCCUUAUUAGUCACAGUUUAUAAAAAUCCAUUAUUAAAUUAAAUUUUAAUUUUAAUCGAAUGAAAAUUAAUGUAAUUCCACAGAAUAUGACGGUGAAGUUGGUGUAACCGCGGCGGACCAAUGAAGGACGCGAUCAUGCGUAAUUUGAUAAGACGUGAUAACUGAUAGCGUCACCCGUACGUAUCGUCCCGAGUUUUGCCCCAUGUCUUGCAAUCCCGGUUACUUUUCCUGCUACGUAACUUAUCUCGAAUGGAUCCUGCUACAGCUAUUCGACGUGCGUGUCUGAAUAUUUGAUACGCCGUUACAACGACAGCUUUUGUGCGGCACAUUGAACGCAACACAACCGAAAUCAGUCUUUUUCCUUGCCCCGGUCCAUUCGCAUACCCGUUUGCUUUUGUCGUAGGGCCGCCUGUGUACGCCCACGCUGCUUUUCACCGGCCGUUGGCACCGCCGGACACACUUCGGCUAUGGCUGGCAGAUCAGGAGGACGUAACUUUAACAACAGAUUCCAUCACACCAAUCACCGUAAGGAACAUGAUGAUCGAUCAUCUAGACCAAGCACUAGUCAGGGAGGUGGUGGUUAUCCAGAUCGACAUGGUUUUAAUAAAAAAGUGACAUUUAAAGCAAAUAAUCGUGGUAGUAACCAUUUUCGUAAAAGCUGGGAAAAUAAAACUGAUUUCGUUCGUGAGCAAUUGGAAAUCAAUGAAUUUUCUAACCGAAAUGGACAAUCUAACAGAAGUAGUUCUGGUCGAAGGUCUUAUCCUGAAAGGAAUUAUGGCCGUGGUGGUCAUGGUAAUUUCAGAAAUUCACAAUGGGCUUUAAAAAAAAGUAGCACGGGAUGGUAUUCUGUAUUUGUACCAAAUAUUGACGAUUGUGAUGAAGUCCUGAAAAUAAUUCAAACCUAUAUUACACCUAUUGUUUUUUAUCCAUACAAUAAACAAUAUUUUGAUAAUGCAUUAAGAUUUCUUGUUGACGAUUUUAAAAUUGCCAAAACAUUGCAAAAUACCAGUUAUAAAAUAACACUUAGAGAUGACCGAAAAUUGAUUAUUAAAGUUGUUCCUUACUUUCCUCCUCGUGGACCAAUAUCGUUUACACCUGUGUCUAAUGAAGUAAAAGAAAAAAUGAUUGAAGCAAUGGCAAUUCGUUACAAUUCUAGUACCAAAAGUUUAGAUUUAUCACGGUUUUAUGCAUGUUCAUUAUUUACUGAUAAUCAAUUGUUUGUACCACUAAAUCGACCAGCAGUUCUUUUAGCUGCAUUAAACAUUGUAGCUCAGCAUACCAAACAUGACUUAUAUGGUCUUAGUCUUGAAAAUAAUCAUAUAUACCUAGGAGAAGGACUCAUAUGGAUACGUAGAUUGUUUCCUGAAUUAAAAGUGUUAGAUUUGGCAGGCAACAAAUUUUAUGAUCUAAAAGAGCUUAAAUGCCUCACAGGUUUCACUAUUGAAGUUCUUAAUUUGUCAAGGAAUCCAGUGUUUGAUAUAGAAGACAAAGAACGUUACAGACUGGAUGUACAACAAUUAUUUCCUAUGCUAAAUAAAUUGGAUGAUUUGGAAUUGCCUUCUCGAUAUAGUGCCAUUGUGGGGACGAAAUUAAAAAUGCCAAUUAACCUAGGUAAUAGUUACCCGAUUCUUGAAGGGCACAAUCCUGAACAGAUAAAUCCAGUCACAACUCUAGUAGAAUCAUUCUUAACUCAAUAUUACAGUCUAUACGAUAACACAGUGUCCAGACAAAUGGUUUCUGAAGCUUACCUUGAAAACGCUACAUUUUCAUUAUCCUCUUGUUAUCUGUCCACUGUUUCUAAAGGUAGUUUAACACAGUAUGUGCCUGAAUGCCGGAACUUUCUAAAAUUUGAAAAACACAGAUCAGGGAGAAAUCGUCAUCUGCACAAAGGCAGAAAGAAUAUUGUUAACUUUUUAGAAAAGUUACCCAAAACCAAACAUGACCUUGGGUCAUUCAUAGUCGAUGUACCAUUAGCAAAUCCUGUAAUGGUUCAGAUUGUAUUAAAUGGUGUCUUUGCUGAAGACUUCAAAGAAACAAAUCAAAGGCAGGUUUUCCGAUCGUUUUGUAGGACAUUCAGCAUAGUGCCUAUUGGAAGUGGUUGGAGUAUAGUGAGCGAUAUGCUUUUUGUAACAGUGGUCAAUGAUGAGUUAUUAAAAGAAUCUUCAAAACGGUUUUAUGUUUUUAAACAAAAAUCAGUAUCAUCAAAAAAUAAUAAUUCCAAUAAUAGUGGCAACAAUAAUGUUACAAUAUUUAUGGAAGAUAAUGACGAAAUGCUUGGAAUGGAAUCAUUAUCCUACGUGGCAUCUCCUACACCUAACUAUCCUCUGCCACCAUAUCAGCAAAAUACAUUUUCGUCUUAUCAGCUUUCUUCAAUGAAUCUACAGCAACAACAGCAGCAGCUUCCACCACUUUAUCAAAGUAGUUUACAUACCUCUGCCAUGCUUAAUCAAUCAAUUUCCAACUUCCAGCAGUCGAAUCAACAAAUAUCCUUUCAGCAGCAGAAUCAUUCUGUAGCAGUACCAUCACCAUCAGUAAACUUUCAAUCCAAUCCACAACAGUCAAACAUGGCAUUUCCUAUGUCCAAUUCUACAUCAUCAGGAUCUCCUUCUGUGGUGCCAGUUAAUCAACAGGCAAAAGAAGUUCUUUUGAAUUUAAAUAAUGAUGCUAACUCAAACCUUGAUACAAAAUUAAGCAUGAUAAAGAGUUUUUCAGAUGAAUCUGGAAUGAAUGACGAAUGGGCCAAAAAAUGCUUGGAAGAAAAUAAUUGGGACUAUGCCAAAGCUGCUUUGUGUUUUUCAAAACUAAAACCCAAUAUUCCACCCGCUGCUUUUAUACGCUGAUAAGUGUGUGGUUAUGAAUUUAACAUAACAGAAUGACAAUUAUUGUAAUUUUCAUACUGUGGACUAUUUUUUAUUUUUAUUUAUAUUGUUAAAUAUUAAUCUGUAUCAUUA